AUGGAAAAUGAAGAUCUAGGAGGUGAAGAGGAAGAUGAAGAUGUUGGUGAUUUACAGAAAUUGGAACAUGGAGCUUCUGAUGCAGAGGGAGAAGGUGAGGAGGAUGAAUGGCAUGGAAUUGGACAACGAGAAUCAACCGACGGGAUCUCAGACGAGGACACGAGUGAAGUGCCUGAAGUUUUCGUCCCGUCUUCUGCCCCUAGCGCGUAUUUCCUCUCAACUACACGAUAUGUUCCUCCACAUUUGCGUGUAAAAGAUGAAAACAAGGGCUCUGAAGAACAAAUUAGACUCAUCAGGCAGAUCAAAGGUUUCUUGAAUCGCAUGAGCGAGCAGAAUAUUUCAUCGAUACUGGAUAGUAUAGAGGAAACCUAUCGCAAUUUUCGACGACAUGAUGUAACAUCGACCAUCACCACCCUCAUCAUUGACAGCAUAAGCUCUCGUUCAAUUCUUUUAGACUCGUAUGUUGUGCUUCAUGCAGCUUUUGUGUCUAGUUUACACAAGAUAGUAGGAGUCGAGUUUGCGGCAUACUUUGUACAGAAUGUAGUUCUAUCUUAUGAACAACAUAUCGCGACUCUUUCUUCUCUUGAAGAAAAUGUAGAAGACAAAGGGAAAGAAGCGUCGAACCUCGUCGUUCUAUUGUCGGAGCUAUACAAUUUUCAAGUCAUUUCAUGUGUCUUGAUAUUCGAUAUAAUACGGACACUUCUGAAAAACGAAGUUCACGAAUUCCAAGUCGAGUUGCUGUUGAAACUUGUUCGAAAUUCCGGACAACAACUACGGGCGGACGAUCCUCUUGCUUUGAAGGAUAUCAUUCAAAUCGUCCAAGAAAAAAUUGACAAACAGGAAGAUGCUCUAUCAUCGCGAACGCGUUUUAUGCUUGAAACCCUUCAUAAUCUAAAAGUAAACAAAGUCAAGCGUCUAGGCACACAAAAUCAGGGGGGCGAAGCCGUCGAACGAAUGAAGAAGUUCCUUGUUGGUAUUAAUAAAAAACGGCAUGUCCUCGCACAUGAACCCUUACGUGUAACACUCGAUGAUCUUCAUUCUGCUGAAACGAAGGGGAAAUGGUGGCUGGUCGGCGCUGCUUGGGGCGGAGAUCCCUUGGUCGACAGGCAGCAAGGAAAUGGUCAAGCCGCUGCUCCAAAUCCUACUCAGAAUGGAGAUAACACCACCAGUAGUGCUCUACUAAAGCUAGCAAAGGAACAUGGUAUGAAUACAGACAUCCGGAGAAGCAUCUUUGUCGUUUUAAUGAGUAGUGAUGAUUACGUCGACGCCUGCGAACGUCUAUCUCAGCUAAACCUGACCGAAGUUCAGCAGCGGGAGAUAGUCCGCGUCGUGUUGCAUUGCUGUGGGAACGAGAAAGCUUACAAUCCUUACUACGUCUUGGUUUGCCAACAUCUCUGCACCAUCUCGCAUUCAUACAAGAUUACCUUGCAGUAUUGCCUGUGGGAUUUCUUCCGAGAUCUUGGUGAGACCAACGUCGGAGGUGCGGAGGUGAUCAAAGGUUUGCAAGAGGGAGGUGGCGAUAAUUUUGGAGUUAAAUCGAUAUCAUCAACAAGAAUUAAGAACAUAGCAAAAGCCUAUGCUUGGUGGAUUGCGAAGGACUCUGUUACGCUUGCUGUUCUGAAGCCAAUCGACUUCACGAUGUUGAAGUCUCAAACUCAGAUGUUCUUGCAUCAGCUUUUCAUCUAUUUGUUUCUCAGCAGUCAAUCGAAAUCUCCUCUCAUAAGCGCCAAUACCUCAUCGUCUCGGAACAGAUCGUCCAUCGAGGAAGUGUUCAUCAAAGCUAGCCGAUUACAAACGUUGGCUAUGGGUUUGGUCUUUUUCUUAUCCAAAAGACUUUCUCUGGCGGAAAAUGAUGAGGUUGAUCAAGAUAUCACGAAGUUGGUGAAGUGGGGUACAGAAAUUGCGAAAGAUACACUACGGAGUAGACUAGAUAUUGUCCCUGAUCUAUAG